AUUUGCUUUAUCAUCCUUAUUUAUUGCGUUGCUAGGAUUACAUCUGGAUCAGAUCCCUGACAUUUCAUUCAGUGUUAAGGUGAAAAAAACCAUUUGUAUAUUGCCUCUACUCCCCGGGGAGGGGGGACACUUACUCCGCGAGGUCUUGUACGAAGAUGCCAAGGGUAUCCGUGUUUAAGUAAGUAAACAAAGAAACCAGGCCACUGUCACCUGCAAAUCUUUGAAGGACCACGUGUAGAGUUUCAGCAAGUGCCUUCAGGCGGUCAGCUAUGGGAGUUUAUUCACAAAAGGGCUGGUCCCAAACAGUGGACGCACCAAACCUCCCUGACCUUGUUUCAUAUCUCAUCGCACAAAAAAGUGCACUAUAAAAGGACUCCAUAGUUCACAAGAUCUCACAGACAGAGGAUACCCAAACCAACCGCAAACAUGAUCCAAGGUCCGCGUCCAGCAAACAACAGGAAAGAUAUUCUCCUCAACAUUUUCCUUUUCCUCCUAGCUACAAAAUUUGACAAAAGCUUUCAGUUAACGCUGAGCGACUGCGGAUCAGAGUACAGGCGUCCAGAGUAUACAGACAUUUCUGUAGACUGUGGAACGGAGUACAUCAAUCUGGCUAUCAAAUUCUGUCCUGUCAUAUACACCGGCUACAACGAAUCAGAGUUAAUUCUCAACAACAUAAAUAACCCUGAAUGUCAUGCGACCCUCGAUACUACUGUUUUACCUCCCGUGGCCCGAUUUAGGUUCCCGAUUAACUCAACCAAUGCCUGCGGCAGCAACUUCGUUACAAUAAGGAAUACAGGGACAGGAGUAUUCUCAGACUUCUCCAACAUCGAGACGGUCAACAUCAGUGGAAUUGUACAAUCGAAAGACAUAACAUCAGGCACUGUGACAUAUAACGCCGAGCUGAAAUACUACUACUCAUGCUCUUAUCCUCUGGAGUACCUGAUCAACAACACUCAAGUGGAUGUGUCGACCUCCUCGAUUGCAAUAAAAGACAACAAUGGCAGUUUCAUCAGCACUCUGAGUCUCCGACUCUUCAGUGACGUAAACUACACCCAGCCUCUUAUCAUGCCUGCCGUUGGUAUUGAGCUGAAGACUAAUGUGUAUGUGCAAGUAGAGGCCACCAACUUGACCUCCCAGUACUUUCUGCUGCUGGACAGAUGCUUUGCCUCCGUUUCCACCAUCCCCACCACCAGGACCUACUACGACCUCUUUAUGCCUUGCGGUGGUGAUCGGCUCACUAAAAUGCUGGUGAAUGGGCAGAUGCAACUUGCUCGGUUUUCGUUUCCUGCUUUCCGCUUCACAGAGCAGCAGAACCAGACAGUAUCAACGUAUUAUCUGCACUGCGUUACAAGACUCUGUGAAAUAUCAACCUGCAGUGCAUUUAGGCAAUGUGGCAAACGAAAAAAGAGAGAUGUUGUGCCUUUGACCACCACUUCUCCAAAGAAAGUCACAGAAACCAGAACCAUCACAUCAACUGCCAUCAUCAUACGUGGAGAUAGUGUUGUGGCAACAAAAGAGGAAGCAGUCACAAUCAGCACGGAAAAACCUUCAAACUCCUCCGUGGGUCUUGCCGUGGCUGUGGGUGUCCUGGCAUUCGCCUGCAUCAUGAUCGUAGGAAUGGGAGCAAUUUUCUACAAGAGACACUGGCACAACGCACCUUCAAAAAUGCCCCGGUGAGCUGAGACACCCUGUUCUUGCUCCAAGAGUGGACUGCUGGUCCCCGCCGGGACGAUCUCUCGCCGCUGGAGGGCUGAGCAGGGCUCAGCGUAGAACUGUUUCGGACAUCUUCAUCUUUUCUAUAGCGUUUUUUGGUGAAUAAUCAUAGCAUAAUGUGAUUUAGAAGAGCAACAGUGCACCACACCAGCUCUACACCUUAAUCUUGUGUUUAAGUUUAGCUUGGACCUGGGAAUACAUGUUAAAAGCACAACCACCGUAGUUCGUAUAAAAGGCCAUAUGAAAUCUC